AGUGCAGGGUUAAGGGCCAUUCAUAUUCUCCAGGGAAGCGUAACACUGUAAAGCUAUGGCUUUUAAAGGGGUAUUUCUUUUGCUGAUAUGUAUCUGCAAGGCAAUCGCAAAUAAUGGUUCCCAAUACCCGGUUGGCGACCCGAGAAAUUGCCCGCUUGGUAAUGGAAUCUUCCGCUUUGAGGUUCUGCCAGGGGGAGGAUGGGAUAACCUUCGAAACCUGCAUAUGGGGGCAGUUUCCGCCAUGAAUUACUCGCUCUGCAGAAGCUCAGACGAUGGAAAGUUCCUCAUCCCCGAUAAUGUGUUUCUGUAUCCGGUGAAGAAGAGCAAAGUCAACACAUUUGCGGAAUUUUACGACCACUGGAACAACUACUCGUCCACUACAACCAAGUCGAUCAAUGCGGAGGCCAAGGCUAGUUUCGGGUUCGGUAGUGUGAGUGGGUCGUUCAGCUCAGAGUAUGAAUCGGUCAAGAAGCAUCAAGUAGAGGACAAGACGGUCACAACCCGUGUGCAAUUACGACACGUCCUCUACACAGCUAAACUCCAGCCAGAUAGCCCUCUGCAACCCGCAUUCAAAGAUCGACUUUUGGAAAUUGCGUCGCAUUUGCAGCAUAACAAUACCGCGUAUGCUAGCUUUCUAGCGCAGGUUCUGGUUCGUGACUUUGGUACGCAUUACGUCUCAAGUGUGGAUGCCGGCGCUGUGCUCGCCAAAGUAGAUCAUCUCACAAAGAAAUUCGUGGCGGAUAGCAAUGAGGACAAAAGCAAGAUAACAGCAUCUGCAAGCGCCUCAUUCUUUCACUUUUUCGGAGCUUCAGGAAGCUACAGUAAAUCCACGGAUACUAAGACCUUGGAUGAGUACACAAAAGCAACUGUGUAUUCCACGACAUAUACGUAUGGCGGACCGCCAUUCCGAGUGAACUUCACGAUCAAUGAAUGGGAGGAUAAGAUGUUGGAUGAGCUAGUAGCUGUCGAUCGAUCUGGGGAUCCAUUACAUUAUACAAUCACACCGGGAAGUCUACCCGAGCUAUGCGAACAAGCGACCUUCCAGCUAGCGGCUGUAGUUAAGAACGCCAUCAAGCAAUACUACAUUCACAAUACCAUCAAAGGUUGCACCAAGAUGGACUCACCCAACUUCAGUUUCCAAGCAAACAUGGAUGACGGCUCGUGUCAAAGCCCGACUAAUAACUAUACCUUUGGCGGCGUUUACCAGACGUGCCAAACGGAUGGCUCACCCAGUAGUGACCCUUGUGCCCCCCUGGCUCAGAAAAACCCACUGACAGCCGACUACACCUGCACCCCGGGAUAUGAGCCUGUGCUGGUGCACCAAGGUCGCACCCCUCAGAGCUGCCACAAAGAUUGCCAUCGUGUGUGGCUGUUUUUCAAGCGCUGCUCUGUCCAGUGUGGCUUCGGUAGCUUCUCUACCUACUGGUGUGUGGCUAAGAGCGCGGUCCCGGCGAAUAGCGGGUACCUAUUUGGGGGUCUGUAUAGUGAUGUUUUGAAGAACCCACUCACUCAAGACCAUAGCUGCCCCCUUAAGUUCUACGCGUUGAAAUUCGGUGCGACUAUGAAAGUGUGCGUCAGCGACGAUUAUGAGCUGGGCUACCAGCAGUCACUGCCUUUUGGAGGGUUCUUUAGCUGCAACGCGGGGAAUCCGCUUGCUUUUAAGAAACCUCCUACUGGUGAUAAAGGCCUCUCACUGUUUGUAAGCCAAUCAGGAACGCAGGGCUGGCCCAAAGGAUGCCCGACAGGCUUUUCUCAGCACCUUGGGGCCAUCGAGGCGAACUGCGAGAUACAGUACUGCGUCAAAUCCAACGUGUUUAACCUGCAAGGUCUACCGAUAGUGAGGAGACCGCCGUACCUCAGUCCACCCGCAGUGUAUAACUACUCUGUGCCCAUGCUUCUUGUGAAUGAAGAUACCGGCCAGAUCUGGUUCAAACGCGCUGGAAACAUGCCACAGUGGCUUCUUGCUACAAAAAGUUCGGUGGCGGACUACACUUCCGGUAUCAACACCCACGGCCCCGCCAUCGUUGGCUUGCCCCCACCCUUGCUACCAAAGGAACAGAAGUCUUCCCAGAGCUCCACUGGGGCCACUGGGGAUGGCCUGACCGCGGGGGCCGCGGCCGGGCUAACAUUUGGCGUCACGGCAUUGGCUGGCUUAGUCAUCGUUGUCAUGGUGAUUGGAUUGCGACGUCACAAGAGCGUGAAGAGAGACAGCAGAGGUUUGACCGAGCCUCUCUCUAUGGGGUAUGGUACCGUAACGGAUGGAACCAGCGACAGAGGCGUGUGAAUACGACCAUCAAUAUAUAUGUAUAUUGGUUUUCUUCCUAGCGGGCGCUGCAACGAAUGAUUUCUGAUUGGUUCUGAGAUUAAGCGCGCGGAAGCCGUAUGUCCCUAUCUUCUUCACGGUAAUCAUUCAGCUUUUAGGGGCUGGCCCACUCCUUUGUUAUUGUUUAUCAUUAAAAAUAAACAUCAAAAUAACCAUCCACGAUUGAAAAUAGAUACUUUAACAAUGAUACUUGAUUGAAAGUUUUUCAGUCACUUGCUUGUAUUAGCUGUGUGACUCGGCUUUGAGCGGGAGCAUAGAAUGGCGGCGUCAUUGGCUUCUUUAGAAUCAGCAUUUUCUAGAACUCAGGCUAAGUUCAAACGUCGUAUUAUCCAUGAGCCGUAUUCAAUGCAAAUGCAUGCAAAUGAAUCGAGUCGAUUGUUUCAUCUUCAUAUUCACGCAUUUGCAUUGAAUACGGCUCAUGGAUAAUACGACGAUGACUUUAGCCUCAGUCACAGCUUUUUUCCCAAUAGGCAAAGGGUUAAAAUACUUUGAUUAGGUCGUACACCCUCUUGAAUAAAGAACAUUGAAUCUGUUGUAUUGUAAGGUUUUAUUUUGGUGGGGUUUACUGUGUAUUUGCCAUCUGUAUUAAACGUGGUAUACAUAGCUUCGGUUUAGGUUUGGGGAUACAGUAAUUUAAGGGGUCCAUGUGUGUUAUAUUUGCUCCUAAAAUAAAUAUUAAUGUAAAUGUGGUGAGCCUCCCAAUAAACAGUCCAACAACUGA